CGGUCGCCCCAGAGUCGGUGGAGGCUGCACGUGGGUUGAAACUUGAAACUUUCAGGCCUGGCCAUGGAUACGCCGCUCAGGCGCAGCCGGCGGCUGGAAGGCCUAAACCCUGAAUCCCCCGAGACCCCCAGCCGAGUUUUGCGGGCGAGACGGGCCCUUGUGGCGUUCAAGUCGGACCCAGAAGAAACGAGGGAGCCCGAGUCGCCGAGUGCGCGGCAACCCGGCCUGGAGUCUCCCGGCUGUCAGCUGGAGACAAGCCCGGAAUCACCUAUUCUACGGCAGGGUGCAGGUUUGGGGUCCCCCGGAAGGGAGCCGGAGCCGGGCCCAGGGUCCCACCAGGUUCAGCAAGAUCCAGGCGUGGAGUCGCCCCAAACACUUCCGGAGUCGGGUCCACAACCCCCCGGGUUUCAGCCAAAGCCAAGUGGGCAGUCAGCAAAGUUCUCCCAAACCCAAGAAGAACUGGACUCGGAGUUGGCCCUGAGUAAGAAGGAGCUGGCCUCGGGGUCUCCCCGACAUCAGCUGCAGCUGGGCCCAGGAUCCCCUGAGCCUUACCCGGCUCAGCAAGCGCCGGGUCCGGAGCCCUCGCGACCACUACAGGAGCCGACAGCCCAGUCACCCGGCUCCCCCCAGGGUCAGCACGAGCCGAGCAAGCCACCUUCGGCCGGGGAGACGGUGAAAAGCGGCCUAGGGGCAAAGAAGCGGACAAGUUCUUCAGCCCAGGCCCCAGCGUCCAAGAAGUUGAAGGAGGGGAAGGAGGUUCCUGUAAUCCCUAAGGGAAAGCCCAAAUCCGGGCGGGUGUGGAAGGACCGCUCCAAGAAAAGGUUCUCCCAAAUGGUGCAGGACAAGCCCCUGCGCACAUCCUGGCAGCGGAAGAUGAAGGAACGGCAGGAGAGGAAGCUGGCCAAGGACUUCGCCCGGCACCUAGAGGAGGAGAAGGAGAAACGCCGGCAGGAGAAGAAACAGCGCCGGGCCGAGAACCUGAAACGCCGCCUGGAGAAUGAGCGGAGGGCAGAGGUUGUCCAAGUGAUCCGAAACCCCGCCAAGCUCAGGCGGGCGAAGAAGAAGCAGCUUCGCUCCAUUCAGAAGCAGGACACGCUGGCGCUGCUGCAGAAGCCACCCCAGGGGCCAGCAGCCAAGAUGUGAGCACGGGCCAGCCCAGAGGCCUUCUGCGGCCAACCGCUGUGUCAGACCUGCACUCGUCGGGCCACUGGUCACACGCCUCAGGGGAACGCGGCACUCCAGCGCUGGCGCCACCCCACCCCGCCCCACCCCAGAGGGGCUCUGAGCCUUCGGGGGCUCUCAAGCCCGGAGGGAGCCUGCGGCCUGGCAGAGACUGGAGGAGGGAAGAGGUUCAGCCCCGACCCCCGCCUCCUUCCUGCUCUCUCCUCCUUCAUCGAGUGCCUUGCAACCAUGAAGGGUAAAUUCUCUGGUUCCUUGGGAGCUGACAACUGGAGGGUGACUCUCUAAAAUGUGUAUUCCGGCUCAAGGCCGCGGGUCCGACCCAGGCCAGGAGGCUGCAGUCAGGAACCAGUCCCCCUCGCACCAUCCCAAGCGCUGCUUGGGGUGUCUGCAGCCCACUGGCCCUGUCGCCCGGCCAGCUGAACCCGGCUUCCCCGACUUUUCAACACCGAAAGGUUUCAGGGAGUGAGGUCCGCCCCGCCCCCCAGCUCGCUCUCGCCUGUGCCGGACUCUGCGGAAGCCCCGCGGAUCUGAUUCACCCGUGCCAUCCAGUCUGUAACAAAUAUUUAUUGUGUACAGGCACAGUUCUAGGUAUCGGGGAAUAGAGGCCCCUGCCCACAAGGAGCUUUCGUUCUGUCGGAAAAAAACAUAAUAAACAGGGAAAUGGUACUGUGUUAGACAGUGGGAAGUGCCACGAGUGAAGCCGGGGGGGGGGGGGGUAGCAGGGAGCACGGGGAGCUGUGAAGGUGGACGUCGGCUCGGUCAGCUGCGCAUCUGUUCGUCUGCUGAGCACGGGCUGUGGGCAAGGCCCGGCACGAUGGCAAGCAGUAAGCCGGCCAGCCCGGCCUUCAGGACCCCAGCCAGGAGCCGCACAGGCAGCACUGGACCGAGAUUCCACUGUUCCACCCACCAGUUACUGGCCACAGCUCUGCGCCUGGCCCCGGGACAGACCCAGGUGCAGUGGUCUUUGUCUUCUAGCGCGUGGCGGGUAGAGGAGACGUGUCAGGGCAUGGAUGCGCUAUCAGGAGGUCCGAGUUAGCCCUGACUGCUACAGAUCGGGACAGCCGCCCAGCUGCUGCGUGGUUGGGGGGUGGGCAUUGGAAAGAUUUGGGGAUUACCAGCAUUGCCCAUAGGGUAUUCCAUGGUAGAAUACCAGGCCCAUAUAGAUGUCGGAUCCAUGAGGAAAUGUCAUGUGCUGUGGUCUCAGGGGCUGCUGUGCACAUUCACAUACUAAGAAGACCUUCAGCAGAGAUGCCCACUGCACUGGAUUAGCCCAGGCUGGCCACGGCACCCCUUGCUCUUUCUACCUUAUAAACCCCUUGGUUGGUGCUGGGUCGGUAGGGUAGAGAGGAGGCCUCUUACAGGCAAGACCUUCAGUACCUUGGGUAUGUUGCGGGUGGUGGGGGGUGGGGGUGUUCUUUCACUUACUAAAUGGUAGUUGAACUGCAUGGUGCUCAAUGGUGAGUAUGCAGACCCUAUACUUUGGGUAAGUGGAUUAAUCUCCAUGUACCUCAGUUGGAUCAUGGGUAGAAACUGGAGCUAAUAGAACCUGUCCCUCAAGAUUGUGGGAUCAAGCGUCUAGUUCAAUAAACGUUGGCUAGGUGACUACGUGAA